AUGAUUCGUUCAGAUUUUAUUAAAAUAACUAAUAAUAAAGAAAUUCAUCUUAUUAUUGAUUCAGAAAUUAAAGAUAAUUAUAAUGAAAUUUCUAUUAUUAAUGGUAUUAUUUAUAUUAAAAUUCAACCUAAUUAUUUUGGUACAAAUACUGGUGGAGUUGGAUAUAAUAUUUUGGAUUUAUUAAAAUCUUCUGAUGAAGUAUUACCUUUAAUUACAAAAAAGAAUAUUAGAGAUAAUUGGGAACAACAAAUUCCUUCACUUAAAAAAUCACUUAAACAAAUCUUGAAUGAAGAUUAUGAAUUUAUUAUUGAUUGGGAAGAUAUUUAUUUAAAAGUUAUUUCAGUAAAUGAAGUUAAUGCUAAUUGGUUGAAAACUAAAUUAGGUGAAAUAGUUUUUGGAUAUUUUGAAUCAUUGACAAGAUAUAUUAUUGAUUAUGCUAAAAAUGAUGAUUUGAUUAGAUCAGAAUUUGUUAAUGUUAUUUCUACGAAAAAAUUUUAUUUCAUUUAUGAUGAGGAUUUAAAUGAUUAUAAUUCAAUUGAAAUUAAAGAUGGAGCAAUUUAUAUUAAAGUUAAACCUACUUCUUUCGGAACAAAUUCUUCCAUUGGUUAUAAUAUUAUCGAUUUAAUUAAGGAUCCUAAUGAAGUUCUUCCGUUAAAAACAAAAAAAAAUAUUCGAGAUGAGUGGGAAAAGGAAAUUCCUCGUCUCAAGAAACAACUCAAUAAAU